UUUAUUACCACCAGUUUUGGGGAUGGAAGAUUCCUUUGAAGGAGGGACAUCUCAAAGCAUUGCUGAAGUUGACCAUCUACCAAUUGGUAUAUGAAAGGCUCUAUAUUCUUUUUUUCUUUUUUAAUUUAUUAAUAUGAUUCCACUCAACAAGUUACAAUUUGGAAGGAAAAAGUGUCAACCACCACAAAGGAAUUGAAGAACAACAACAACAACUUCAUGGCAGUACCAAGUUAUGUUUCUGUUCCUUGAGUACCUUAUCUUACCUUAGCCUCCAACACAACACUUUUGUUCCUUCCUUAUUCCCUUUUCUCAAGUCUCUUCAUACAAACAAGUUUGUUCUUGCAAUCAACAACUUGUUCAACCAUGGAAAUUCCUACUCCAAGGUGCAAAUUCUCAUUGAUAAUCAUCUUCAUCAUCAUUUCCCUCUCCCUUGGCUUCGUUUCCUUCAUCUUUUGCAUAGCUGCUGAGUUAGUAAGGAAUAAGGAGGGUGAUCUCAGGUGGAAUGGAAAGCUGUGUUAUCUACCAACAAGUCCAUCAUUUGGAUUGGGAAUUGCAACUUUGGUUACUCUCUUCAUUGCUCACAUAAUUGGGAAUACUAUGAUGUUCAAGAGCUCUUGUUCUUCUAAGAUACCUCCUCUUGCAAAGAUUCUUUGGUUCAUAUCAUGUGCAGAAAUUACAAAAUCAAAAGUGAUGUUUGGCAGGCUCAGCUUUGGGAUUGCAGUAAUUUUGUUGAUAGCAGCUACAAGCAUGAGUAGAAGGCAGGUCUAUGGAGUGGGAUGGUUGAAUGGUGAAUGCUACUUAGUCAAAGGAGGAACAUAUGCUGGCUCAGCCAUAUUGGUCCUACUCACAAUUGGUUCUAUAAAUGCUUCAGCAUUCUCAACAAGUCAAUUUCAUCUCACAAACAAAAUACACAAACAAAUGGGGUAACAUAUGUUAUAUAUACUGAUGUGGAAUAUUCAAACACAAAUUAAAGAAGCACAAAACCAUACACCAUAUUUUUCUUGGUUUAAAUCAAACAAGAGGCAAAAUUCCAAGGUCAACAUUGUCAUCCCAAGGAAGAGGCUUCUUUUCUUUUUCAAUGAUUACAAUUCUUUUAUUGUAAAAAUAUUUAUUCUGUCUUGUAUAGCAAUUUAGAUGAGAUGGAUUUACACUUCAUCUAAAGAUUGAGAAAUGUAUAUUUAUACAAAACAGAAUAAAUAUACACAAUUUUUUUUUCUUAUUUUAAAUGAAGGAAACAGGUGACAUAGCCCCGCUAGAACUAGCUUAUCCAAAAUGCAAUGUCUCCAGAGGAAUAAUAUUUUUUUGUUUUGUUUUGUCAACUUACACAAGAAAGAGACAUUUCAUUUGUACACAUUCUAUUCCAUCAUUCAAACAUGGCGCCUACCUCACAUAAGAACUCCUCUUCUUAUUGGAUCCCACCAA